GCCGCCGCCGCCUGGGCGAGGAGCUCUGGGAAAGGGAGGCUCUUGCUCAGCCGUAAGCCAGGGCAGGAGGGAGGGAGGAAGGAAGGAAGGAAGGGGAGCGCGGCCAUGCUGAGUCGCAGGCGCUGAUUUGCCUUGGCGAGGUGCAUGCAGAGAGUCCGGGCUGCCCGCAAUGGACGACGAAAGCAUCAAGAGGUGUCCCCAGCCACCUGAGGCAGAUGGUGAUAAGGACCAGCGAACAGUGACAAUCAAUGCUUGUCACAUGGGAAAGGCAUUCAAAGUCAUGAACGAAUUGAGGAGUAAGCAGCUCCUCUGUGAUGUGGUGAUUGUAGCUGAAGAUGUCGAGAUUGAAGCCCAUCGUGUUGUCCUGGCAGCCUGCAGUCCAUAUUUCUGUGCCAUGUUUACAGGAGAUAUGACGGAAAGCAAAGCAAAGAAGGUUGAAAUCAAAGAUGUUGAUGGAGUAACCUUAAGCAAGCUGAUUGAUUACAUCUACACUGCUGAAAUAGAGGUGACAGAAGAGAAUGUUCAGGUUUUGUUGCCAGCAGCCAGUUUAUUACAAUUAAUGGAUGUUCGACAAAACUGCUGUGACUUUCUUCAGUCUCAGCUACAUCCUACAAAUUGCCUUGGAAUCCGCGCCUUUGCAGAUGUACAUACUUGCUCAGAACUAUUGCAACAAGCCAAUGCCUAUGCAGAGCAGCAUUUUCCUGAGGUGAUGCUUGGUGAAGAAUUUCUUAGCCUAAGCCUGGACCAAGUUUGCAGUUUGAUAUCAAGUGACAAGCUCACAGUUUCAUCAGAGGAAAAGGUAUUUGAAGCAGUCAUUUCAUGGAUAAAUUAUGAAAAAGAGUCUCGCUUAGAACAUAUGGCAAAGCUAAUGGAGCAUGUACGACUCCCUCUCUUGCCCAGAGAUUAUCUUGUACAGACAGUUGAAGAAGAAGCUUUAAUUAAGAAUAAUAACACAUGUAAAGACUUCCUUAUUGAGGCCAUGAAGUAUCACUUACUGCCACUGGAUCAAAGACAGUUGAUAAAGAAUCCUAGAACAAAACCAAGAACACCAGUUAGUCUACCAAAGGUAAUGAUUGUUGUAGGUGGGCAAGCACCCAAAGCCAUUCGGAGUGUGGAAUGUUAUGACUUUGAGGAGGAACGAUGGGAUCAGGUUGCUGAACUUCCUUCCCGGAGGUGUCGGGCAGGGGUGGUAUUCAUGGCAGGCAAAGUCUAUGCUGUGGGAGGUUUUAACGGCUCUUUACGGGUCCGAACAGUAGAUGUGUACGACGGAGUGAAAGACCAUUGGACGUCAAUAGCUAGCAUGCAGGAACGACGAAGCACUUUAGGGGCAGCUGUGCUAAAUGAGCUCCUUUAUGCUGUUGGUGGAUUUGAUGGAAGCACAGGUCUGGCAUCUGUGGAGGCCUAUAACUACAAAACCAAUGAGUGGUUUUUUGUGGCACCUAUGAAUACAAGAAGGAGCAGUGUUGGAGUUGGAGUUGUGGAGGGUAAACUAUAUGCUGUUGGUGGCUAUGAUGGGGCAUCACGUCAGUGCCUUAGUACUGUAGAACAGUAUAAUCCAGCUACAAACGAGUGGGCUUACGUGUCAGAUAUGAGUACACGGCGCAGUGGUGCAGGUGUUGGUGUCCUGAGUGGGCAAUUGUAUGCUACUGGAGGGCAUGAUGGUCCUUUAGUAAGGAAAAGUGUGGAGGUGUAUGAUCCUGGAACAAAUACUUGGAAACAAGUAGCAGACAUGAACAUGUGUAGAAGAAAUGCAGGUGUAUGUGCAGUGAAUGGGCUUCUCUAUGUGGUUGGGGGAGAUGAUGGUUCUUGCAAUUUGGCUUCUGUGGAAUACUAUAAUCCUGUCACAGAUAAAUGGACAUUAUUGCCAACCAAUAUGAGCACUGGAAGAAGUUAUGCAGGUGUAGCUGUGAUCCAUAAACCAUUGUGACACACAGUGAUAUGAGUGCAAAAGUGAAAAAUUGUUAUCUGUUUAGCUUGAUGGAAUUUGGAAGAUGCUGAUAAUCUGACUCUUAACUGCCACACAAGGAUUGCACUCUCAGCAUGACAACUAUAUGCUAAGACUGUUGACCUCUAUUUGUCAAUGAGCAGUGCAGACAUGUGAAAACCCUGCUGUGAGCAUGUUCAAGAAACGAGGUGUUUGGGUUUUUGUGUGUGUAUGUGUGCAGUCAGCUGUUUUAUGUACAGCUAGGAUUGAAUAUGAAGUAAUAUUCUCAAGAGGAGAAAGGAAGUAUUUCUCUUUGCCAUCUGAUUGAGAGAAACAGUAUCUUGGAGCAGUUCACUACUGAACUUGGAGAAAUACUAUCUGUUCUACCAUGCAUUUCCUGUUGACUUAUGCUCACCAGUUAGACAAAUCUACUACUGAUACUGGAUUUUUUAAAAAAGAAAUAAUUUGAAAGAACCAGCCCUGAAAACAAAGGAUAAAAAGACUGGGAGCCUUAGCUCAAUAUAGCACUGUUGUCUUCAUAAUGUGUACAUAUACUGGUUGACUACUGUAAGUACAUAAUUUAGGGACCAGAAAGUAUUCAUUUGUAUGGUUUUCAUCUUAGUCACUGAACUGCAUUCAUCAAAUCUAUUUUAUGUAUAGGAUCAGAUGGGCCAAGCAGUGUCUUUCUCUGAGGUGAAAUCACAUUUCAUCUGCCCAAAGACUAGUAACCCCAGUGGUCUAAUGUUUUUGAGAAGUUUAUUGCCAAUUCUAAAUUAUUUCUGCUCAAGGCUGACCACUAAAUGGGUUUGUGGAUGCUAGUAGAUUGGUCAUUGCCAAUAACUGAAAAUUCAAGCAGAGCCCACAUCUGAUUUUUAAGGACAUUUAAGUACGAUGAAAUGUGUUUUUUAAAAUAAUCAAACUCUGAUUGCUACCAAAUUCCACAAAACUUUAGAAUUCAGUAGUGAAUUUAGAGUUUCAGCCAAGUUCUGAAAUGCACAUCAGAUUCAUCUAGUUUGUGGCUUUAUUGAUGAUAUUGUCAUGUGCAAGAGCUUAGAGAGUUUUAAGCAAGCCUCCCUGAGCAAAAGAGGCUUCAGAAUAGCCAAGUGGGUGACUCCUGGGCUGUCUGGAAAAAUAAUCCAGUAAAUCUUAACUAUAAUUAGAUUAGAACAGGUUUACAUAUCCCAUCACAUAGCUCUCAUUCAUUUGGCCAAACAGCAUCAGUUUGAUGGUAUUUCUAACCUACAAGUGUCUUAAUGCUUCCACUCUACAGUAGUUUUGUUUUUCCACCUGUUUCUCUUCAUGGCUAUCCUUUUAAAUGUUCUCCAUAUUUUCACAAAGCAGUUACUUGACGUUUUAAGCAGUUAUUUUCAAAAGGAAAAUGAAGAAGGAAAAAAGAAACUUUUUUUAAAUAGAGAAAAGCCAAAUCCUUCUGAACAAUUUGAUUUAUAUCUAAAACUCCUUCUAAUUUGUUUCCUGUUUAAAACCAUAAUCACAUUGAACAUUUUUGCAUAGAAAAUUUAUAUUGUAAUUUCCAGUUCUUCUGGCAGAUAUAUAAUGCCAACAAAAAUAAUUUAAAAAUUAUUAGGGAAGUGUUUCACUCCUUUCCUAUUCAUUAUCCUACUAUGAACAUUUACAGGUUGCUUUUCUUCAGUAAGAGCACUUAUUUCUUAUACAAUCAGUCACCUUUUCUAUUACUUAAAAUAAUUGUCAAAUAUCAGCAAUGAAGCAGAAAAUAAAACAAAAACUGGUUUUUGACCAGUGCUGAAAGGUAAAACUGGAUUAUGUUUAACAAGGGCUUUCAUCCAUUAAUUAAGAACAAAACAAUUUCUGCUUCAUCUUAAGAAAACUUUGUACUCUGGCACAGAUACUUAUAGUAUCAAACUAUUGAAGAAUGCACAUAAAAAAACCACAAUUGCUCUUUUAAAUACAUAUAAGUAAGGCUCUGGUUGUUGCCUGUUCAACACUUGUAUGUAUUUUAAAAAAUGCAUAUGGCAAUUACUACAUAUUUUUUAUCCUCUGCAUUUUCUAAAGUGCCACUAAUGAAUUACUUCCAGAUCUGAGGGUGGGAAUCUGUUUGAAAGACUGGAUUAGGAGUAAUACUUUCUUGAUGCUUCUAAUGACUUCCAUAUAGAGAACACAAUAGACCAUUCACUUUAUUUAAAUAUGACAUGAAAUCCCCUCCUCACUUUCUGAUAUUACCUAAUGGAUCAGUUAAGCACAAAGAAGCCAUUUCUAUUUGCUAAAUCAAGAUAUCAGAGAUGCCACAUGUGCAGAUAAUGUAUAAAUGCCUCUGUUCAUUAUACCACCAAAGCUAAAUGCCAGUCAUAUUUUACUUUUGAUGGGCACAAGAGUAUCUUGUGCCAACAUUUUAUUCUAAAAUGGCAUUUCUGUUCCAGUAUCACAUAUGAAAAAAUUCCAAAAACUGCAUAGUAUACUGGCUGUCAAUAAAUAGUCAAGGCAUUUAGAAAUGGCUUGAUCUCAGCUAAAAGCCACUUAUCACUAGCAAAAAGUGUACAUCACUCCUGUGUAUAAACUUGCAGGGUUAAUGCAAGUCAAGUGACCUCUUUUUUCAGCUAUGCAAUAUUAAUUGCUACACAACAACCAGCUGCAAUAGCCCCUUCAAACCGCUUUUGAAAUACCUUACAUUGUGUGCAUUUGUAAUAUUUGUACUGUGCCGAUUCUGAGCAUCUGAGCCAGAUCCUUUCAAAGAUUGCCUUUUUAUAGGGCUUGAAAAUGUAGCUUUACAGCUAGCAAAUUUUAAUGUAGCUAUUUUUGUAACAUGAUUCUUAAGAGUUCUUAGCUCGCCUUUGAUUUUGGUGGCAUUAUGAUUAGUGUCUAAUCCUUACACCAUGGGCCCAGUUUUCAUUAGCCAUUUCUGUAUGAUGGCUUGUAUAUAAAAAGAGGAUAUCCUUCUGUUUCUCUUUUUGAAAAGGACAUGAGUAGACUCAACAAUACAUAAUUUUAACAGGAGACCAUUACCUCCAUGAUGAAUUUCAUGAAUUGCUGGAUAUAUAUAUGCACUAAUAACAUUCUUUGAAAUGUUCAGCUUAUCUGGCUUUUUGAUUAGCCCAAAAAGUUCACUAAAAUGAUUGCAUUUCUCUUCCCUGCUUUCACAUCUGAAUAGAAUAUUAUCUGAAGUUAAUGUUGAAGAUGAAACCUGAAAUAUUAAUGACACUAAAUUUGGUUGUCCUUUAAACCCUUUACCCUUCUUUUGAACACUGCAUCAGGGUGUCGAAAGUUUAUUAUGUGUUUCUAUAAAUAUUCUUUGAUAAAAUUGCUGGGCAAUCUUUUAUCCAAAGGCUGGUUUAUUUGGCCAUGAUUUACCACAAAUCUGUGAUAUAAAUCCAAAACCUAACAGCAUCUCCAAAGGAUUGCAUGUGUGCUUGUCUUCCAGAUGUGUUCACAAUUACUUUGCAAGCUUUUCCUGUCAGAAUGCAGUUUUAAAUCCUUAAACUGAAAAGGAAUUUGACAUGACAUCGAAGUAAAAUUGCUACUGAAGUGAACAUGGUAUUUCCAUCCAAGUUUUUAAUUUGAAUUGCUCUUGUAACAAAUCCCUAACCCGUGUUCCAAGCUUGAGGAGUUUAAAGAACAGUUUGAGCAUUUCAGUGCAUCUAGUUUUUCCUCUGGAUCAUAGCCAAAACUGUAACACAUACAAGAGGAAUUGGAACUGUGUUGCUGUGCAUUACAGAGAAGUCGGAAAGGAAGCUAUUUUCACUGCCCUGUUAUUUUGAACUAGCUACUGACUCUGUUUGAAUGUGUGCAGGUUUGGUUGAGUAAAGCUAAUUCAUUUUGACUGAACUUUGUUACAUAUUUAAAUGUAGGUGAGUAGUAGUGUACAACUAAGCUGUGAAAACAGAUUUUUUGCACUAUUUGUAUACCAAGGAUUUUUGAUUUUCUAUUAUUUAGGAAAUUUUCCCAUUCAAGAAAUUAUAUUUGUGCAAUAGCUUUCUGGGUUUUUUUCCUGUUAACCCAUAGGACAAAUAGAUACAUCAGUGCACUGUAAUUAGAGCUGGUUCAAAUUUGAAGCAUUGCUGACUAAUGAGAAAUUUUGAUGGUAUAGUCUGUCAGCCUUGUAUGGAUUAUAGCUGUACCAGAACAUCCUGCUUCUGAAAACAUAAUCAUUGAAACCAGAUGAGGUUCCAGCAUAUGUACUUUUGUGUUCCCUUGUAAGACACAUUCCUGAUCUUUGGCUGUGCUGGCUGGACCUAAUGGAGGUCAUAAACCCAAGAUCUGGCUUUCCUUAUGCAUAUAGAUUGUGCCAAAUUAUGGCACAAAACAAAACAAAAAUACCCAUUUCCUAAAUGCACCAUCAUCUGAGAAACACAGCAUGGACAUAAGAAUUUAGCAAAAUGUCCUAUCAGUUUCCAAAUUAUUAUUAUUAUUUUUGUAUAGUAAAAUAUAUAUUAAGGAAUAUAGUAUGUAAAAUUGUGUAAAAUACAUUUUAACUGAAGAUUGUAAAAGCAUUCACCUUGGAUGCACAGAUUUUUAAAAAAAUAAAAUUGAGAUAAAAAUAUAGCUGUGAUCCAUAUACCAAUUAAUUUAAUAUACUAUUUUUAAAAUUUGCAGCCUAGUCUUAUGCAUGUUUAUUCAGAAAUAAGUCUCAUUUUAUUCAGAGGGACUUCCUUCUAAAUAAAUGUGCAGAGAAUUGCAGUCUUAGUUAUGUUUUCAAUCAUACUGCACAAGACAUCCAUUGGGUAUCUCCUUAUCAUAGCUGGUUUAUGCUGUAGGGCCAACCUGUUUGUGAUGCAAUUCUUCUGUUUUCCAUUUCAGCAGUGAAGCUUAGAAAUAGGAGUACAUUAAAAAAUUACUUUGCCAACAGGAGGUCUUAUCUGUUUGCCAGCAUGUUGAAUUUUGGUUGAAUAAAGCUGAGCAAAUGAAA